AUGUCCAGCCUCCAGGUCUCUGCCGUCCUGCUCUGUCUGCUCGGCCUCAGCUGUGCCGCCUUCGACCCCGACAGAACGAGAUAUGGAUUGAGCCGUGAGUUCUCCAAAGUCCUGGACCAGGGUCUGAAGAUGGCGGUGACCCUGGACCAGAUGGUAUAUGAGACCGGCCUGGAGGAGGAGGUCCCUUCUGUGACCGAGUUUGUGGUGGAUUUGAUGGUCUUCAUAAAGAACACCAAGGACUUCACUCAAAAACAAAUGAAAACAAUGGAAGACGAAUUUGAAGAGAAACAAGACAUGAUUCAUGCACUGGCUCUGGAGGCGCUGGACUGA